UUCAGAGCCAUACAUAACUGGGUCAAGGACUUUAUUUUACUCUAUUUUAAACUUUAUUUUAGGGCUACGCAGUUUCACUGAUCACAACUAUGGAUAUAAACAUGCUGCUCCUCUUUCUAUUGCUGCUGCUCUUUGGUUCUCAGGCUAACCAUUUCUUUGGGACAGUGAUGACUUUUACCCCCAAAGACAAGACGCAUAAUGGCUCUGUCACGGUGGCCUUUCACUACAAGCUGAGCUUUCGCUCAUGCACUGAUCAAGACACGUGGAGCUGUGUCAGCGGUGACUGUGGUACAGAAAGUGUGGAGCUGAGCAUUGUGGAUGAGGAGGGCAAAGAGUGGUGUCAGAGGGAAGGAGUCAUGUCUCGGGAGGUUUCCAGCAAUGCUGUGUUUCAGCUACGAGUCCCUUCAAACUGUCAAAGAGUCUUCACCCUGUCGGCCUUUGACCCUGAUGGAGACAAGGUUAAAUGCAGAUUUGGAGACAUAGACGCAGAUGAGUGUAAUCCUUGUACACCACCGUCUGUUCUGACCAUCUCACAAGCUUGCACAUUGUCAUUUAAUCCUGUCAGCAGGCAAGAUGAAGGUUCAUAUGCAGUACAGCUGGAAAUGGAGGACUUCCCAAAAAAGACUAUCAUCAUCAGUGAUUAUGGUUUUCAGACAAACAUCACUCCCAGCGAGGCUCUCAGCAAAAUACCAAUCAGAUUUGCUCUGAUGGUGGACCCUCCUGCACCAUCAUGCUCAGAGGGAGUCUACCUGCCCAGGUUUCUACCUCCAACCCCAGCCAAUGGGGCUCGCAUGUACACUAAUGACACAGUGAACAUUACCAUUAUGGCAGAGGUGACAAACACCAUGGUUUUAAAGCUUUUGUUCAGUGGACCGCACAAUGUUGUAAAACACAAUGAAUCACAUGGAGAAUUUAUCCUGACUUGGACGCCAUCUGAGAAUCAAGAUGGAGAAGAUCAUCCCGUCUGCUUCUUAGUCCAGGCACAGAAUAGUGCAGCCAAAUAUCAGUCUGAGCUACGAUGUGUGAUUGUGAGCUAUCGCACAGAACCAGUCAUCACAACAUCUAUGCCAACAACCGUUCUGCCUUCAACUACUCCAGCGAGCACGACUACUGUAACCGAAACAGAAACACUGAGCAUGUCAACUAUGGUGGCAGAUGUGUCCAAAGCAUCAGGUGAUGACAGCAGUCGUGCUGGCAAAAUUGCUGGUGCUGUGUGUGGGGCUGUAGGUGUUGCAGCGAUUGUUGGCAUUGUGGUCUGGGUGGUGAGAGGAAGUCCACACGCGUUCUAUAAAGUAGUCUAAUGGAAGAAGAAAGAGAUUAAGGAAAAACAAAACUCGCUAUAAAAUCUAGAGAACUUGGGAAAAGGAUAUCACAAACGUUGUUACUGCACAUUUUUUUUUCUGAGUAAAUAAUCACAUUUCUACUUAUGUAUAUACUAUAUGAUAUAGAUGCAUAUUGUUUACUGAUGAAGAAUCGCACCAUCGUGUCAAUCUCCAGUGUGCUGAUAUUAGUCUUUGGCUCUAUCUGGUGGUGGAAUGAUGGCAUGACAUACAUGUACAGAGUUGUAAAUAAAAGCUACAGAGAGCA